GAUUCAUAUGUGGUGUGGUGGUGCGCCAUUAUUUCUGCAAUUUGUUUGCAAACUGCACUGAACUCUAUAAUAAAACAAACUGAAACAAACUGAGGCAAACUGAAACAACAAAACAAUAGUAGGGAUUGGACGCAUUUGAUUUGCAGUGUGUGAGGUGAAUUUCUGGAAUAUUUUUAUGCCUCUCUUUUGAAUUUAUCGCUCAGACACUUAGGCUUACAUUUCACGACGUCCAAAUAUGAAUUGGAUCUAACGAAGGAAACCUACCGCCUGUCCAGCCUGUGAGCCGUUGGGACCUGCCGCCCCACCUCCCCUCGCCGCCCAGCCAUGACGUCGGCACUGCUGAAGGACCGGGCGCAGAACGCGUUCCAGGAGCAGUGGCCCAGCAUGGAGCCAGUGAUCCAGCGGCUGCUCCAGCAGGAUCCGGUCACCAAGGCCGACUGGCAGAACCUGUUCUGGUCCACCCACACCGUGUGCCUGUGGGACGAGAAGGGCGCGCCCAAGGUCUACAGGUACCUCCAGGAGGCAGUGCAGUCGUUCGUGAAGCUCGCCUAUGACCGCAUCGGUCAACACGAGGGCGAGUACGAGACUCUGAAGGCGUACAUUGGCGAGUGGGACCGGUUCUUCACACAGUGCAGCUACCUGCCACUGCCGUUUGGGCAGCUCGAGCAGGCGCUCUCCGGCAAAAACACCAACAGCAACAAACCGAAGCAGCCGCACGAGAGCAUCGUCAGGAAGCUGAUGCUGGAUACGUGGCAGGAUGUGAUCUUCUCGCAACUCAGGGACCGUCUGCUGCGCGCCGCCAUGCACCUACUGGACACGGAGCGGCGCGGUACCUCCAUCGAGGGCGCCCACCUGGUGGUCGGCGUACGGGACUCGUUCGUCCACCUGUGUACGAGCACAGAGGACCGGCUCGAGUCCUACCGACAGCACUUUGAGACCGUGUACGUGGAGUGUCUGACGCGUUACUAUCAGAGUCAUGCGGCCGAGUUUCUGGCUGAUAACGGAGUACAUGACUUCAUGCGGUACGCAGACAGCAAGCUGAAGGAGGAGGAGGAGCGGGGACUGAAGUACCUGGAAACCAGUGGAGACUCGCUGAAAAAGAUCCGCGAUCAGUGCGUCCAGCUGCUGGUGACGCGGUACCGGGACUCUAUCCUCGCCGAGUGUCCCACCAUGGUCCGACACCACGACACGGACAAGCUGUCUCUGAUGUUUGGCCUGCUCGACCGGGGCACGGAGGCCGGCGGAGGCGCCGGAGGGGUGGAGCCCAUGCUGAGGGUGGUUGAGGACCACAUCAAGUCGGCGGGACUGGACGCCAUGAUGGCCAACGCCGACACAAUCACUCAGGACUGUGAGCGUUACGUGGAGCAGCUGCUGGAGCUAUUCCAGAAGUUCAGCGCCCUAGUGCGGGACGCGUUUCACAGUGAUCCGCGCUUCCUCACAUCGAGAGACAAGGCCUUCAAGGACCUCGUCAACGACACCAGCGUCUUCAAACUGGAGUUACCGGCUCGGGGUCGCGCCGGCGGCCCGCUAAAGUCCACGCCCGAGUCUCGGUGUCCGGAGCUGCUGGCCAACUACUGUGACAUGCUGCUGAGGAAGACCACAUUCAGCAAACGGCUGACCGCCGACGAGGUUGACGAGAAGCUGCGCUCGGUGCUCUGCCUGCUGAAGUACGUGCAGAACAAGGACGUCUUCAUGCGCUACCACAAGGGCCACCUGUCUCGGCGACUGAUCCUGGACACCUCAGCAGACUCGGAGAAGGAGGAGAACAUGGUGGACUGGCUCAGGGGCAUCGGCAUGCCGGCGGACUACGUCAACAAGCUGUCCAGGAUGUUCCAGGACGUGAAGGUAUCCCAGGACCUGAACGCCGAGUUCCACGACUCACGGCCCAACGUGGCCGAUAACGUCAACAUCAAGAUCCUGAACGCGGGCGCGUGGGCGCGCGGCAGUGAGCGCGUAUCGGUGACGCUGCCCACCGAGCUGGAGGACUACAUUCCCGAGCUGGAGGAGUUCUAUCGGGCCAAACACAGCGGCAGGAAGCUGCAGUGGCACCACCACAUGUCAAACGGAACCAUCACCUUUACCAGCAAACUGGGCCGGUACGAUGUGGACAUCACCACCUUCCAGAUGGCCGUGCUGUUCGCCUGGAACCAGCGGCCGGCGGAGAAGAUCAGUCUGGAGAACCUGCGCCUGGCCACCGAGCUGCCGGAUGCCGAGCUGCGCCGCACGCUCUGGACACUGGUGGCCUGCAGCAAACUCAAACGGCAGCUGCUGCUCUAUGCGCCAGAGGUCCACUCUGCCAAGGAGUUUGUUGAAGAUACCCAGUUCUGGGUCAACCAGCAGUUUGCCGUCGUCAAAAACGGCAAGCCCAUGCCGCGGGGCAAGGUCAAUGUGAUCGGGCGACUUCAGCUCAGCACGGAAAAAUCCCGAGAAGAAGAGAACGAGGGCAUCAUCCAGCUGCGGAUACUGCGGACGCAGGAGGCCAUCGUCAAGAUCAUGAAGAUGCGGAAGGUGACGACGAACGCCCAACUGCAGACUGAACUGAUCGAGAUCCUCAAGAACAUGUUCUUGCCGAGUAAAAAGAUGAUCAAGGAGCAGAUCGAGUGGUUGAUCGAGAACAAGUACAUGAAGCGAGAUCCGGACGAUAUUAACAAGUUUAAGUAUAUGGCCUAGUAGGGGUUGUCUGCCUUUCUGUGAUGAUACCGGUGGGUGGGGUGACAGUGACACAGUGACAGGUGACAGUGUGUCACUGUGACAGUGACAGUGACACAGUGCGCCGGCGGCAAGACGGCUGUUUUUUAGUGCAUAUAUUGGUGCGGGCGAAUGUGAGUGAUUGGUGCUGCAGAUUAAUGCGGGACGUGGCGCGCGGUGUAAUUAUGCCAAUAUGUGGGCGUCAGUGAGACGCUCUCCUCUCCGAGGCAGGAAACUGCCGCUCCGCCGCGGCGGGUUUAUAUGUGCCACCAGUCGGAUGGCGAGUAACCUGCGCUUUGUGUCUUGGCCGAGAGAAGAGAUGGCAGGGCGGGCAGCUUGUGCCGCUUAGUAUGGCAUUAUGGCGGUGUUCCCGCGCCAGUAGGAUAAGUCGAUGAAGAAAUGGUGCGUAAUAAAUCUCAUGGCAAAUGCUGA